CGCUCCGGGCCGGUGCGCUGAGGCGAGGCUGCAGGUUGCGGAGACCAAGCGAAGCGUCGCAUUUCUUCUGCCAGGAGCUCAGCUGGGAGAGGCGCGCGCGCGCGCUCAGUGCCAGCCGAGGCUCCUAGUGCGUCCGCCGAGAGGGAAGGCAGGCGCGAGCAAGCAACUUGCUGCAACCAUCGCGGGGGGCCGCGGCCGUGGAGAGCGCUUUGCAAAACCCGGAGCCAGAAGAGCGAAGUGGAAUGCUGUACGACGACACUGAGGGGCCAGCUCGCCCACUGGAGGGGAGCGGGUGACCUUGCGCCGCGGGAGGCAGGAGCAGUUCUGCCAGCGCUGAGAGAAGGCGGAAAGAAGCCGCCGCUGCCGCCGGAGGGGCUGGACUCGGGAAAGAGGAUUUGCUCGGCUGUUUCUGUCCCGGCUUAAGCGAGUGGAGACUUGGCCAGGGAAGACUUACUGCAAUGAUCCAGAAAGUUUAAUCCACUGUUUUGGUGAUGGAGCUAAAGGUCUGGGUAGAUGGUGUCCAGCGGGUUGUAUGCGGUGUCUCCGAACAGACCACAUGCCAGGAGGUUGUCAUAGCAUUGGCACGUGCCAUUGGUCAAACAGGUCGCUAUGUUCUUAUCCAAAGACUACGUGAGAAAGAGAGGCAGCUUCUCCCACAUGAAUGCCCUGUGGAGUCCAUGGCCAAGUGCGGACAGUAUGCCAAUGACGUGCAAUUCAUAUUGCAGCGCACAGGCCCCAGCCUCACUGAGAGACCUUCUUCAGACAGUGCUCCCCAGGUACCCGAGAGGACGUUUGUCAGGGCUAGCCUGCCCAUCAAACCCAGGCCAGUCAGCACAGAAGUGCCCAGGCCCAGGCAGCCCAAAAAAUCCUUAACCUUCAACUUGGGUCCUAUGGCCUCCAGUGACCUGCUUGCCAAGAACAAGCUGAAGCAACACAAAAAGGACAACGUGAGCUGGAGGGAAGGUGCUAGUGGGGGCCUGCUUUCCAAAGAGGAACUGUUCAAGACCGUACUGCACCAACAGGAGCAUCUCUACUCCCUGGAGAUGCAGGGGGAUGCCUUGGAAGUGGAUCUGCGGCACUGGGAAUACAACAGAGGCUCCUGCCAGGAGGACGAGAUCCUGCACCUGGAGCAGCUGAUUCGGCAAAAUGAGAGUGAGUUGGGUGAGGAAGGGUUUUGGCAGAGUGAACUGCGCUCAGAGAAGGAGUGCGAAAGGGAGCGUCAGGAGAAAGUCCACACUCUGCGGGCCACCAUGGAGGCGUACACGCAAAAAAUACGUGAGCUUAUGGUGAAAACAGAGGCCUUGGAGAGAGAAAUCCAGUGGGAGAUUUCCGAGAGGGCCAAGAGGGCAAAGGAAGCCCCGAGGCAGAGCCCUGCUGAACUAGAAGAAAUGGCAGCUAAAAUGAAAAGGGAUCUGGAAGCUAAGACCAAGCAGAGUGCCCAUCUGGAGAGCAGCCUGGAAACUGUGGGGAAGGCCUUGGAGGAAGCAGAGCAAAGCCUUCAGGCCCAGAACCAAGAGCUGGAGGAGCUAAAUAAGGAGCUGAGGCAGUGUAACUUGCAGCAGUUCAUCCAGCAGACUGGAGCCAUGGUGACUUCCGCACAGCCCAGAUCAGAAGCGGAACCCCAGCUGGAUGAAACCAGUCCUGAGCUGCUGGCUCACCAGAGGACCGGAGGUUGGAACACAACUCAAAGGAUCUACUUGAGCCCAGCACAGAUUCACCUCCCCGACCCACAGCCAAGCAGUUCCUCGGCAAUCCACGAAACCUUCAGAACCCCCUGGUGUCCAGCUUGAACCCUGAGGGUGUGUAUGUUUGAACUGCCCCUAAGCCUCUUGAGUGCUGAAAACCUGGUCUUGUCAAGCAGUCCUCCAGACGCCCUAAUCUUGCUAUAGUGGGGGGCAGCUUUCAUCUGCAAGGAGGUGGCUGUUACUACAAACUCUUCUUCUACUCAGUUUUUCUCUCCUGCCUUCUGUGCUCCUCCUCCUCCUCCUCUCUCCCCACUCCCUGAAUCAGCAGCUAGUGGCUUGGUUGUUUUGCAGGGGGUACCCAUAAACUGUAGCAUGUUGGGACCAGCAAUAACCAAAGAGAAGCGAAGAGAAGCUAAGGGUGGGUGUAAGCAGAGAAUAACAGGAAGUCAUGCCUGCUGUAUGAAAUGAUAGGCUCAGGCCAAGACUCAGUAUGCUCCACUGUGCAGUGGCUGGGAGAUCAAGAGACACUCACCAGUAACACUCUGAUCACUUGCCGGAUGGCAUUUUGUCUCAGAGCAGUUGCUUUAGCUACACAGUGCAGUAUUGCUUACUCAGCUGAGGAUGUUUGCUACUUCAAGCCUAUUUAAAACUUCACUAGCAAAGACAAAGCCCUGCAUAUGCAAUUUGCUUGUCCUUCACCCAAGGUCACUCUGCCAAAUUCCUUGAAUGUCUCAUACAGUAUUGUAGUUAGCAGCUUAGAUUCCUAAAGAGUUGAUGGCAAGAGGAUCUUUUCUCUUUUAUAAACUCUUACAGAAUGUGUGGGUGGCUAUCCCUUAUAAAUUAAUUGCAGCCCUUUCUUCAUACACCACUGUUAGUUUCAUUUAUUCCCGUAUGCUGAGGAUAUUAAAUAUCUUGCUUCAAAGUGCACCAGAGCUGGUCUGUACAAUUUUAAAAUGCUAGUCCGUACUUUGCAACUCUUAAAAAAACCCAACCCAAAACGUGUUGACUAGGAAUUGAAUGGCAAAACAUUUCUACUCUGAAGGUGCAGAUCCAAGGUCCUGAGAAAAAGCCUGAUCAAUCAGUUGAGGAACUACAUUUCUUUGUUUUGAAACAGGUGGGAAACCUUUUUGACUUGAUGGGCCAGAUUGCUAUCAAUGCUCAUUCCUGUGGCCAACUUUGACAGGUGGGUAGGACAAACCACCUGUCAAAGGCCCUUGAGCUCAGGUUCCCAAGCAUCCAAAAGCCAGCUGGUUGUCAGCCACUUGGGAAUGCUUUACAAGCCCCUAUAUUCAGCAAAGCACCUAGUGUAGAGCUUUGUGGUGUAGAAGCAUAGCUGCUUUCUCCAAGGAUCAGCUGUGUGAUGGAGUUUAAAACAGGGGACGCAGACGCACAGCUGAACCAGCAGGGUUGAACAGAGUUCUACCCUGCAUUCUGCAUGGAUUGGCUGUGCAGUCGAGUUCCCCGCAUAUGACAUCAGGGCCAGAAGUUCCCAUUCCUUGUUUUAAAAGGACACUGUUUUAGCUUCCUGGUGUAGCUGGCCAGUUGAAGCCGUUUCCCAGAUUAUGGCUGUUGUUGCCUGCUGACAGGUUCUAGGAGCCACAGGUGAGCACGUGAGUGCAGGUUGGAAAUCAAAGGUGAACAAAUUACCCCAGAAAGAAGCAUGAUGUGUCCCCCACUGGAGCUACCCCUCCCCUAAUGCCCCAUAGACCCCAGCCCAGGAUCUGCAUGCCCUAAGGAGGUCACUUUGGUGCUGCUAUUGCAGUGGUUUGACUUUACCCCCAGAGGUGCACUCCAUUGUCUCUCAAGACAGGUGGAUGCCAAGAACUAUUUUAGCUCGGAAGGAAACAAAUGGUAAUUUUAGACAGCCUGGCUGAAAACCAGCACAAAGUAUAAGGUUUCCACUCGCAUCCUGCAAAGUGGUUUCAUGAGAGAGAGAGACUGACAGACAAGACAGACAGACCUUCUAAGUUUAGUGUUUUGUAAUGCAAUCAGUACAUCCCACACUGUUGUCCCUAUGGAUCUUAGUCAAAGCAACUUUGAGACACAGCAAGGCAAGUAAUGCACUAUGUCCAUGCUGUCUUCCCAGACCAGUUUUUAAACCCUUGAAUGGUGAUGCUGGUGAAGAUAUCACCUUGUUUGUGGGAAUUAGAACCAAAUCCAUGGAAUAAUAGUUUGGUGAUCUAAUUGGCCAAUGAUGAUGGGACCAAUAUCCAGCUUUGAAUGUUUUUAUCUUUGCAAAUAGAUUUAUCUCCUAUUAACUUAUCCUGGGCAGGUCCCAUUUGUUUAAAUGGGUUCUGUUUUAUAAAAGGAUUCCUGUGGAAUGUUCCACUAGAGUGUGGUGGUGGUAUUCAUCCCAGCAACCUUCACUUUGUGGGCAACCUUCUUGACUGAGUCUAUAGAGAGGGUUAAAAUUAAAAGCUAGAUCCUCAAGAUAUUUCAGAAGCCAUCUAGGUGCAGUAUUUGGGGCUUUAAAUUAUCUUGACUAGAGCUCGCAGUUCCCUCCCACUCCGAUAACUAUUUUUGAUGGAUUUGGAAUCUUUAGUCUUAUCACAAAAAAGAGCUAGGAAUCCUUUACAGUUAUAGCAUCGCAACAGCCUUUCUAUCUAUUUUCUUGGCUCUGCUACAUUAAAUCAAAGUUGGUUUUCUCAAGCUGGUUUUCUGUUCUUGGAGAGUUCUGCAUAUUUUAAUGGUCAGAAUGGCUUCUGAGAAUGCUGAUACUUUGCUUUGAAUAUAGGAGCAAAUGAUCAUGAAAUUCUCUGUUGACUUGCACUAAUCUUCUAUGCUUAUGGUACACAUUAGGUGGGCUUUCCCAUUUUGUGACACUACAGCAAGGUACACCUCUGAAAUUUUCUCGUGUGAUCAUUUCAAUUUGAUCACGCUUUCAUGAAGAACCUGUCACUAUUUUUGUUUGAAUCUGCAAUUGCAUGUCCUCCCUCCCCACUCCUUCCUUCCUCUCUGUCUUCACCUUCUGGUUUUUCAAACACUAAGCCAUCAUAAUGGGGUCACUUCAUUUAUUUUUAUAUGUCUUGCAGUCAUCUCAACAAAGCAGAGCAUCUGGAGGUAAAAAGGCCAGCCAAGGAGGACUGAUUGCCUUGCGAGUAUAACUGUAUAGAAAUAAAACCCUAUUUCAUGUAUGUAUUUUACUUUUUAUCAUGAAUGGAUGGAUAUAGAAGGUUGUGCAAAAUAUUUUUACAGACUUUUUUUUAAAAAAAAGAACUUGACGCAUUGGAGGAAACAGACCCGUUGUAUUUUUUACCACUACCACCCUGUCUGUUAUCAUUUAAAAUGAAGAUGCUGUUUGUGGCUUCUCUGAAAAUUUCUAUAACCUUUCUAUUUCAAAACUUCAUCACACAAGGGAACUAAAUGGCAGCUGCCCUGGAAGGGUGUGAAACCUGCUGGAGACAAAACUAUCCAGAGUGUUAACUCAUGAGUCCUCUGUGUCCAUUCAGAAGGUUAUACUGCAAGCUACUACCAUACAAUGAAAGGGUAUUUUAUCAGCCAGAUGUCUUUACUGGACUGAAUCAACGCACUAUAGUGCUGCCAUGUGUGCAUGGUAGCAAUUUUUACCUUUUAUGUAUGGUAUUUUGUGAAGAUGCACAUCUUGCUUUCUUUUUUACGUUGGAAUGGGAUGAACAAACUGUUCUAUUCUUGGUGAACAUAUAAAGAUGAAGAGAUGUUGCCCUGAGACAGAAUUUGUGGCCAUCAACAGGUCCCUUUCAUACUAAGGACCUUUCAGAUCUGGUAAAAUGGGAUUUAGGUGCUAGCAGUAUCUUGCCAUUUGUGCCUCGUGCCAAGUAUUGCACCAUCCACUAUUACACAAAGAGAAUCGAUUCUCUUCAUCCUGUCCAGAUAUAUUUCUCUGCAUAGUUUGUUGAAGGAAUGUAUAGUAAUCCUCUGUUCUAAACUGUUCCAAGGCCCCUAUGGCAAAAGUAAACUUUUCCAAGCGGGUUUCCCCAAACUUUUUCAAUUGUUGAUAACUGUGAAAUUACGCCAGCGGGGACUGCAAGCUAAGAGAGUUCUCCUCUGUUGUUGAGUGGCCAAUUCCUGGGUUUGUGUAUCUUGAUAUUUCUCCUUUGCAAAGUAGCUUCUGCAAGGCUGUUUGUUUUGUGUUGCAUAUGAGAUCAGCCCAAUGCUGCUCUUCAAAUGACUUACCCAUAGUGGCCUCUGCUUUGGCAAAAGCCUCUAUGUCAUUUGGAGAGAACACACUUUGUAAACUCAAGGUUCGAUUAAGAGUGUGGCUUAAGAUGCUUAAGGCAUCUGCUAUAAAUUUAAAAAAAUGAGAACCCUAGGUCUAUACCCCUUUUUACAUUUAUGCCAGUGCCCCACAUCUCUUGUACACUGGUCUCUGCUUGUUGUGGGCCUUAUCAGAUGGGUGUGGAGUCCCUGUUCAAGGAUUUUGAGGGCGGGGCAGGGAGGAGGGAAACACAAAGCAGUAGUGGCAGGAAUGAGUUUAUCUUUCCCUUACAAUUCACAACAGGAAUUUCCUUUCAAGUUAUAUUACACAGCACAUGCUGUUGAGCUUAAUCUGGGGAAAGUAGAAAACUCUGUGUGUGAGAGAGAAUGAGAGUGAGUAAGAGUGUAGGGGAGCGUGUGUGUGUCUCAGAGUGUGUGUGUCAGAUUGCCAAUGUAAAAAAUUGGCAUUCUGGUUGCUGAAAGGGGUAAGAUUCUUCCCACCCAUGUCUCCCACACUCUUAGUUAGUAGCUUCUUGCAUUGUUUGUUAAUAUGACUUGGUUGGGUGAUCAGAGUAGACUGUGAAGCUGAAUGUGCUGUUCAACAUUAACUUCAAUGUGGGCAUGCAGUAUGUUGCUGUAAUUUAACUGCUGGGUUUUUUUAACACUCUCUUUAUCUAAGUCUUCUUUAAAAAUAAAAAUGGGAGACUUUAAACAGGUUAGAAUGCUGCUUCCUCUGCCCCCAAUGCAUCCCUGGAGAAGCUUCAUACAUGAAGUGGCAUUUUCACAUCACGUUGAGGUUGGUUAUUCAGAAGCCUAAGAAAAGAAAGGAUAGCCUCAGAACUGCUCUGUUGAACACCUUCCCUUUAUGAGGCUGAUCAUAUACUACUGUGAAUAAUCAGCCGAAGCAUGUAAAGUUAUGUGGAAGACACCCACCUUGUUAAAUAUUCAGCCUACUAGGUGGGACCUCAGAAGUACCAGUUAUUAUGUCUGAUAGAACAGAAUUCCCAAUAUAAUGUAGUCUUCUGUUUUACUAUCUUCUUAAGUACUUUGGAAAUGGAUGAAAUGCACCCAUAAAACUUCUGUCCUGCUUAAGUUCAAAAUUAAGAACAAAAAAUGCUGAGACAUUCCUUAGAUUCAGUGGUGAAAGGUGCAGCCAAUAAAAAGAACCCUACCUUCUUACAAACUAGUUGGAAAAUAAGUUCAACAUUUUUUUUAACCCUUGUUGUUUUGGUGCUUACAUUUUAAAAAGAGAGCUCUUGCUCAUUUUUUACCAGGUCUGAGUGGAACAAGUAAUGAAUUUUUACUAACACUUUUAUGUUGCAAACCCAACUUGCUUCCAAACAAACACAUUCCACAUUUUCUACGACAGUAGCGACGAACAUCCUAGACUGUUGCAUUGAUGAAAUCAGAUGGAACCCCUUUCAUUUGUGUAAGUUUGAGUCUAUUUAGCAUACAUUAAUUUGGUCUUCAAAUAGAAAAGGAUAAACUUUUAACUCCAAUUUCCAAAAUGUGUGAUGGAAGCUGCUUUUUAACAGCUGUGUAUUUGAAUAUGAUGGAGGGAAUGAAAUGAAAAUUACUGCUGGCAUUACUUGCUGAACUCUUUAUUUGGUCAGUUAAGGUGCAUCUUUUGUGUAUUUAUAAUGUCCAAAGCUGAUGUGCAUUCUCACUGUGAAACCAAGAGAGGCAAAUUGGCAUGGGAGGGUUGAAUGGAUGUUUGAGUGGGAGGGUGUGAAUGGCUCUGGGAGCCCUGGUCUUGUUUUAAAAUGUCUUUUGUGUAUUAUAUAAGAAAUAUGACUUGUUUUCUGAUUAGAAAAAAAUAUCCAUGUAUGAAUGUAUAUCCCAUGCACUGGCAUUGUCUGGUUUCAAAUUGUAAUAAAAUUCCUGAAAAUAAUUUGCUCUAAGGUGUGUCUCUGCGUACCAAAGAGAGUUCCCCAGCCUUGUUCCUGGGCAGUGGCUCCACCUGAACCAGCCCAUCCACACAUUACAUUAUAGCUCUGAGCUGGAAAUGCAAUGGAGGAGUGAAAUAUAAGGGCAGCGCUGCCGCUUGCAGAACGGCCUGCGUCCAACAAUUCCUAUCGGCACGAGUGGUGAUCACACUGCCAUGUGGCAUCUGUUAACACAAUAGCAGGUGGGUUAGAAAAGAACUGAAGUAGAAUACUUUCAUCUUGUUGGGGUGGCUUACCUUCCCCAGUCUAAAAAAAAUUGUUAAAAUUGGGGUGCCGGUUAAGAUCUUGGGGUGAGAAGCAGGAUUUAAGAUCUAGAUGAAUUGCAAAAACAAAACACGUUGUGGUUACUUUUACAAACUUCACAGCUGUAGUACUUUUCAGGUCAGUCACUCCCAGAGCCUCACCACGUUUUAGCGCAAGGAUGGUGAUGUGUCUCUAGCACAUAGAUGCCUCUCCAGUAUGCAGAAACAAGGGGGUUGGCCAGAAAUGUAGGCAUAGCUGUUGGCUUGCUUAGUAGUCCACGUAGGUUGCCCCCUUUACCCCAAAAUACCUUACUGCUCAAGUAUAUGUAGAAUAGUUGUAGCUAUCUAGAGCAGGGGCCAGCAAACUUUUUCAGCAGGGGGCCGGUCCGCUGUCCCUCAGACCUUGUGGGGGGCCAGACUAUAUUUCGAAGAAAAAAAGGAACGAAUUCCUAUGUCCCACAAAUAACCCAGAGAUGUAUUUUAAAUAAAAGGACACAUUGUACUCAUGUAAAAACACGCUGAUUCCCGGACUGUCCACGGGCCGGAUUUAGAAGACAAUUGGGCCGGAUCCGGCCCCCGGGCCUUAGUUUGCCUAUCCAUGAUCUAGAGUCUAGAGCAGGCACCCCCAAACAGCAGCCCUCCAGAUGUUUUGGCCUACAACUACCAUGAUCCCUAGCUAACAGGACCAGUGGUCAGGGAUGAUGGGAAUUGUAGUCCAAAACAUCUGGAGGGCCAAAGUUUGGGGAUGCCUGGUCUAGAGUGAUGAAAAUGCAGGUUGUGCGUUCUCAAAGGUACUCCUGCUUGCUUUAGAUGUUUCCAUCUCAAGAGUUUUGCCUCAGAGCUCAUACUGUCAAGAACCCUGGUUCAGAUUAGGUCCUAUCAGCUGUCUUGCAGUGCAGAGAAGGCAAUGUGAUCUUAUCUGAUACCAUUCUGUGUUCGAAGAGACAGCAGGCCAUUUAAAUCAACAUUGGUUCACCCUGCUCAAAUACAGAUGCUGUGUUUAACUGCAUUCCCAGUAAACAACCUCCCUGUUGUCCUGUGGGCUCCUCCUCCUGCAGAACACAUUACGUGCUUCUUCCCCCCCCCCCAAGCAAAGCUAAUAAUCUCUGCAGGCUCCUUUUUCAAAAGUAAUCUAAUCAAGUUGGUCUGUUCCUGCAAAAGGACUUUGCCAUCGUUAAUGGUUAAAUUUAAGCAUCUUUUUCUUUCCUAAUUCUAUCCUCUCCCAAACCCUGUCAAUCAACACUGGAACUCCAUCUGCUGUUAUGGCUCCAGCAAUCCAGGACUGAUGGGCAGAUGACAAUAGAAAGGUGGUCUCUUGGGGGGCCUUUCCAGCCAACCAAUAAAUGAGGCUUGCAUUCUAAGCAGUGAAGAAAUGGCAGCCCUGUUUAGGGAAGCUUUUAAUGUUUGAUGGAUUUCUGUAUUUUAGAAUUUCUGUUUUUUUUUGGAAGCCGCCCAGAGUGGCUGGGGGAACCCGGCCAGAUGGGCGGGGUAUAAAUAAUAAAUUAUUAUUAUUAUUAUAGACAUCAUCUCGUGGCAAUGGUGCUAAAUCCCAUCAAAAAAUGUAUGACGUAGUCUCAUAUGUUGGCAAGAAGACACACAAGUGGGAAGUGCAAUAAAAUAGUGCAUUAGAUCCUUGCCCUUCAAUAGGACUGCUCCACCCUUUCUUUUUUUGAAAUAAUUUCCAUUUGAUUUUACAAAUAUAAAAUUAUAACAAUACAACCAUACACACCCACAUUUGGAAAUUCCGUCCAAUCUCUGGACUUCCCAUUUCCCCCUCCAUGGUCCUAUUGUUAACCUUUUCAACUGCAUAUUUCUCAAUAGUCCAUAUUUUAUAUAACUCCGUUACCUCCAUAGUACUUGCUACAUUGAAAGCGUUAUUGCAAUCCUGCUAACCCGUUUCCAUCUGCUUACAGUGGUCUCCAAUAUAAAUUAUAAUUUCCCCCCAUUCUUUGUUAAAGUUUUCGUCUUCUUGGUUCCUGAGCUUCCCCGUCAGUCUUGCCAUUUCAGCAUAGUCCAACAGUUCGAUUUGCCAUUCUUCUCUGGUGGGGAGGACUGCUCCACCCUUUCUGCUGUUAGGGACACAAGCAAACAAAUUAACACUCUGCUGCACUCAGUUUUAAUUUUUCAGAAACACUUUGUGGUCAAAACCUAUACUUAGAAUUGGGCAUGGAAACUAAUAGGCAGCCAGUGGAGUUGGGCCAGGAUCAGUGUAAUAUGCUCAAACCAUCUUGCCCUGGUGAGCUACCUGGCCGCCUAAUUCUGCAGUAACUGAAGUUUCCAAACCAUCUUCAGAGGCAGCCCCACAUAUAACCCAUUGCAGUAAUCUAACCCAGAGGCACCACAAUGGUCCAGCAUAUCCACUGCCACACCUGCAGAUGUAAAGGAUAAGCAGAGCUGUGUGUCAUCACAAAUUGCUGGCAGCAUACUCCAAAACUCUGGAUAACCCCAUUCAGCAGCAUGGAGGAUAAAAAUGAACUCAGAGAAACCCCACAUUGAAGGUUCAAUGGGGCCAAAGAGCAUUCACCAAGCACCACCCUCUGGAAACAACCAUUCAAGUAGGACUCGAACCACCACAAAGCAGUGCCACCAAACCCUAAUUUGGACAGCUCCUCCAGAAGGAGAACAUGGCUGAUGGUAUGGAAGCUGCUGAGAGGUCAAAGAGAAUUACAGUAACAGGGACACAUUACGCCUCUCUCCUCCAACAGAAGUCACCAUACCAGGCAAGCAAAGCAGUUUCUGUGUCAAAACUGUAAUUUUUUGAAGCCCAAAAUGUAAAUUAAGCAGGAUCCAUUUUAAUUCUACUAGGUCCAACUUUUACCAAGAUGCAGUGGAAAACACAAAGAUCGUGAAAUAGAAGGGGCCAUGGCUCAGUAGUAGAGAGCAAGCUUUGUCCCAUACUCAAACCCUAGCAUGUCCACUCAAAGACUCUAAUGAACAGCGCAAGUAUCAUACCAAAUGGGGUCAGAGGAAGUAUGUGUCCUGGUGAGCAUCCUUGGUAGCAGUGCCAGGAGCAAGAGAAAGACUUCAAAGUCUCCCAGCUGAAACCAUAGAACUCAGUACGAACUACUGCAAAUUGAGCAUGCUCCUGUCUGCAUAGCCCCUCCUUCCUGGAUUGUUUUGAGGCAAAUACUAGCCAUUCAAAUUCCACAAUGUCCUGCAAUGUGUUGGAUCA